AUGGUUGUGUCUCAGGGAAUAGGGAUGCCCGAGGAGAGGGAGAGGGACGGGGGAACUGCUGCAAUUCUUCAUCAUUUGCUUAAUACUUCUGACUCUGUGAGGCAACAGUUUUAUACCUUCACCUGUACCUCAGACCUCCAACUCCCAUCCCCAAUUCUCCCCUCAGCUGAUUCCUUCACUUCAUUUUUCAUUGGUGAAAUAGAAACAAUGAGAGUAAAUGACCUCAUCUCCUCCAGCAAAUCUGCACUGACUCUGUUUCUGCACCCGCUGUCUUGGUCCAGCUUCCGAGCACUUUUCUCCCCAAAGCAAGAAGACAAAGGCCACCCUCUCAGCUGGUCAGCGACCCUGACUGGCAGCCCAGGAGGACACAAGGUCCCUUCAAAGGUCACCCUUUCUGAGCUCAAGUCUUGCCUGCAGUGGGCGCAGGAGCUGGGGGCACGGGUCCAGGAGCUGAAGGCAAGUGCACAGAAGAAUGCUGGGGAACCCAGAGCACUGGAGGACAAGGGGCACCCAGCAGGGCUACGUGGUGAGCAGAUGCCUGCCUAUCAGCACUUCCUCGCCCUGGCCCAGCAGGGGCCCCCGGGCCUUGUGCUGCCCUACAAGUACCAGGUGCUGGCCGAGAUGUUCUGCUGCAUGGACACCAUCGUGGGCAUGCUGUACAACCGCUCUGAGACUGUGACCUUCACCAGGGUCAAGCAGGGAGUCCAGUACAUGAUGCACAAGUGCUUUGAGGAGUGCAGUGUGGGCCGGAUCAAAACCGUGUACCCUGGCUCCUACUGCUUCCGCCUGGAGCGCUACGCCGCCACAUUCAAGGACGAUGGCAGGAGGUCUGAUUACCAGCUCACCAUCGAGCGGCUGCUGGACCAGCAGGCUGGCAGUGUGGCUCCCCAGCUCACGGCAUCGCGCCUGCUGCGGUGGUGCCAGAUCUUCAGCCAGAAUCUGGUAGCCCGUGUCCGGUAGUAUCACAGGGCCUUCCUGGCCUCCCUGAAACCCCCCCACCCCCCGCCGCCCAUGGAGGUUCCUGAGGACCAGCUGGCACGCUGGCACCCCCGCUUCAAUGUGGACGAAGUGCCUGACAUCGAGCCGGCCAAGCUGCCCCAGCCGCCCACCGUGGAGAAGCUGGCCACCGCCCAGGAGGUGUUGGCCGGUGCCUGCAGCCUGGUGUCAUCCAGGAUGGAGAAGGCUCUGAGUGACCUGGCCCAGCUCACGGCCGAGCCUAGCAGCCCCUGGUCCCCCAGCCCGGCACUGCCAGACCCUGCCGCUAUGCCGCCUGCCGCCCUGAAGGGGAUGUCCCAGGUCCUGCUGGAGCGGAUCCCCCAGGAGGCGCAGAAGCAGCUGGCGCAGAUGACCCGGCGCCUGGAACAGGAGCAGCGGCUGCAGGGGCUCGAGCGGCUUCCUGAGGUGGCCCGCGUGCUGCGCAGCGUCUUCAGGUCAGAGCACAAGCCAGCGCUCAGCAUGGAGAUGGCCUGCACCAGGAUGGUGGGCGGCUACCGCACGGCCACGAGCCCCUGGGAGAUGGAGAAGCAUGUGCACCUCCUCUCUGAGCUGCUGUCCGACUGGCUCAGCCUCCACCGCAUCUGCACGGACACCUACGUCAAUCUGGGCAAGGCCGCCGACCUGGCGGGUGUCUUGGCACGGCUGGCCCACCUUGCCCGUGCUGAGGAGGCGCUGUGAGCCCGGUGGACAGGUGCCAACACAGACAGGCCGCCGGGCCUGUGUCUUACUCUCUUUAGGAACAGGACACACUUUGCAUUCCCUGUCCUAAGUCCCCAUGAGGGUCAGGGCUCUGGCUGCUGGGCUUGAGGGCCUCUGAUUAGUGUGGUGGAGGCCCCCCUCGUAUAAAGGGUGCAGGGAAGUGGGGUGGGGGAGAGGCAGUGUGGUUGGCAGAAUAACCCUCCCAGGUGUCCACGUGGGAUCCUGAGGUGGUCCUGGAGUAUCUUGGUGGGCCGGGUGUCACACAGGGUCCCCAUAAGAGGGAGGCAGAUGCAGAAUCUGAGAUUGGAAGGUGCCGGCAGGAGCCACGAGCCAAGGAACAUAUUCUCCCUGGAGCCACCAGAAGGAACCAGCCCUGCCCACCCACACCCUGAUUUUUGUACUUGGCCUCUAGAACUGUAAGAUAAAGUCAGAAAAAAAAAAAAAGAAAAAAGAAACUUGUUUUAAUAAAUGGUAAAAUCAUUCAAAUGCACUGGUUCUGAAUUUCUGAUGGGUGCAUUUGUGAAAAUGCUGAGGAGCUUCUGGAGUCAGAGGCCUGGUCCUUUUCAACAACAAAUAGAAAUUAAAGGCUGUUAAUGAUGCUUAUUAUUAACUUUUAAAAAGCUCUCUCUACCCCCAACAAGUUAAAAAGCUAUUGUUUGAAAUGUAUGACCCAAAACUAUGUCAUUCUCUAUUAUAUGUGAUAGCAUAAAGCCCAAGAACAAUGUUUAAAAUUGUCUUAAUCAUUGUUAUAAAAGGAAUUAAUGAGAGGUAACAUUCAGAAACCCUGUUGUUCAUAUUAUGUUUUGGGGGUAUGGAGGAGGAAAAAGGAGAAGGAAGAAAAAUACAUUUAAAAGAAAGUUAAACAACAACUUGUAAGUUUCAUUCUCUGUUGCUGGAAAACCAGCUGAUUAUACAUGAAUGUAUAAUAAAACAAGUGUUUGGCACAUUGAGGUGUAUGAACUAUGUAGCGUAAUCAGAGCUUAUUUUCCUGCAAUGGAGAUUGAAAUUUAUGCUUCUUCUAAGCAGUACCUUUCAUUCCAUUUUUAUUUUCUAAGGGAGAGUGAACUUUACAAGUUGCUGCUUAACAAUACCAGAAGUGCUAAUUCCUAUGCAAUGAAUAGUGAAGUUUACAAGUUGCCAUUUGACAUGCCCACAUUUCUGUUUGUUUGUUCUCCCUCCCCACCCCCCAACAAGGUAUAGUAAAAUUUAUAAGGUUAGUAAAAACCCUUCAUUAUUAAUACAAAGUUACAUUGCUGUUGGGAAUUCCAUAAAUGGCAUAUGAACAUAUCUAAGGGGGAAGCAUAAAGGUGGACGUUAUGAGGCAAGAAAUUCUUUCAGGAACAUUGAAUUUAUAAUCAUCACUCAAGAAAGAACAUGCAGAGACACUCAUUCAUGGCUUUGUGUCCCCAUGACCCCAUUCCCUUGGCUCCUUGGUUCUGUUAUCCUUCAAGUAUGUUUCAUUGGAUCUUUUUUUU